AUGUGUCCCUACAUAGACAACCUCGCUACCGCGACAAUUACGACGUCCACGUACACCAACUACAAGUACAUCGGCGACUUCCAGGGACUCUUUAACAGCCAGGGCGGCCAGUUCGCGCCGCACCAGCGCGGGUCGGGCCCUGUGAAUUUCGAGCGGUACACGGAGGUGGGGACCAUUUUCGACGUGGUGAAGGGCGUGUACGGUGACACGCUGCAGGAGUGCUGCCGCGCGUGUGCGCGCUCCACGUACUGCUACGAGUGGCACUGGUUCAAGAACUCGCGCCUGGCGGGUGAGAAUGCCAGGGUGGCGGGCUUCAUCGACCGCAUUCAGUGUUACCUGCUGGAGAAGAACGGCGGCACGGGCACGUCAGGCUCCUUCAAGACGCCCAUGGCGGGCGACGCGGCGACGCAGGCGGCGAACGCGGCGACUUACCCGCUGAGCUUCGUGGGCGGGCUGUGCAACGGCACGGCGCUCGUCGAGAACGACCCGCAUCUCACGGGCGCGCACGGCACGCACUACGACUUCACGGGCCGCCUCGAUCGCUCCUUCUGCCUCUUCUCCGACCGUCGAUUCCACGUCAACAUGCAUCUCAACGGCUACCAGGGCGCGCCGCCCGCCGUUUCCACAUCGAAUACGGACAAGGAGUCGAGCACGGAGCUGCACACGUGGAUUAAGGAGAUCGGCGUCGUGUGGAUGACGCCCGACGGCGCGAACCACACGCUGCGCAUGGUGGCGCGCAAGGGCAAGCAGCAGGCGCGCGGCGACAACGGCUUCCUCUCGCUGCUCGAGAUCGACGGCGCCACGACCACCCCUCCCAGCGUUGGCGAAUCCAUCACGACGAACAGCGGGCUGGUGGUUACCAAAAUCGCGGAGGAGAAGGAGGGGCCGUUCGACGUGGAUCAGUUUCAGGUGCGCGUGGUGGGGCUGGGGGAGCUCGACGUGCGCGUGCGCGUGGCGCAUCCGCUGCUGCAGACGCCGGCGGAGGCGGAGACGCACUUCAACGUGGAGCUCUCCGACGUCAAGAUGACGUCCGCCGUGCACGGCGUGCUGGGGCAGACGUUCAGGAACACGCCCGAGCAGCUGCAGCGCGCGGUCAAGUACUCGCACUUGGCGGCGCUGCUGCACCACCCGGUGGACGUGGAUAAGGCGGAGGGGCGGGGCUUCCUAGACGGGCAGGUGGAGGACUACAUCUCCUCGUCCGUCGUCGCGCCCGACUGCAAAUACUCCGCCUACGCCUCUGCCUAA